GAAGUAGACACGACAUAAACAUUUUCGUUUACAUGUAAUGCAUAUCAUUUUUUUAAAUCAUUAUAAAAGCAUUGACAAAAUGAUCAGCUACAUAAACUUCAAUAUAGAACUACUACAAAACUUAGAAACAGUUGAAAGAAAUCAUGGGGAUACUGUGGACAAAACUAAGUGAGGCAUAUUCGUACUUCACAGAAACUGGACAUUGCAAAAUUUUACUGCUUGGUUUAGAUAAUGCAGGAAAAACUACAAUUCUGUAUAAACUAAAGCUUAACGAAGUUGUCAGUUCCAUUCCCACAUUAGGAUUCAAUGUAGAAACAGUCACGCCAUGUAAAGGGUUGGAGUUUACAGUGUGGGACGUUGGAGGACAAGAAAAACUACGAACCCUAUGGAGUUAUUAUUUCCAAGACACAUGUGGUUUGAUAUACGUAGUUGAUAGUAAUGACAGAGAACGGUACAAAAUGGCUAGAGAAGAAUUAUUUCGUGUUAUUGAAUCAGAUGGGAUGAGAGAUGUGCCAGUCGUUGUCCUUGCCAACAAACAAGAUCUACCAAAUUCACCAAAACCAGAUGUUUUGGCAGAAGCACUAUCUCUCCAGAAGUUGAAAGACAGAAAAUGGUUUAUUCAGGGAACUUGUGCAAACAGUGGUGAUGGUUUAUAUGAAGGUUUAAAUGAAAUGGCAAAACUUGUAAAAGACUUCAAAAGGACAAGACAGAGUUGGUAGAUGGAAAACACCGAAAAAAGAUACCAGUUUAUUUGAAUUAUAAUCCAAGAAACAUAUGUCUUGAUUGAAGAAGUGUGAAGGUGCAAACGAUGAUGCAGAUUCUUUUCGUUUUAUUUGCUGAAUGCGAACUGUAUUGGAUACUACAUUGAAUGACCACUGCUUCCUGGGAAAGAGAAGGAAAACAGACAUGUUCAGUGCUUUAAAUCAUAUUUUGAUUGACAUAUUACUGUAAAAGGUAGCAACAACCAUUCUACAUUCAAACAUGCAGAAAACAGAAAUAUCCUUGUUACAUUAACCAUCAAUAAAUUU